AGGCAGAAUAGCCAAUAGUGAUUCCCUUGUGUCAAUUAAUUCAAUCUUUUUUUGCCCCUGUGAACCUCAUCCUCUUCUUCCAGUUUCCCUUUGCCUCCUCCCUACCUCUCUUCACUUCUAUUCUUUCUACACAAGCUCCAAAACUGCCUAUACAUGAUUUCCAAUCCCUGGAUUCCAGACUUUAUACAAUAUUCCAGAAUUCCAGAACCCCAAGCACAUCAUAUGCUGUCUGGAUUUGCCAUGAAAGAUCUAGCUUGGCCAAGACGCCAACCCCCUAAUCCGAGACGGACUUUUCUUUUGUGGCUGUAGAGACUUUUGAAGAAACCC